CAGACAUGCCCACAUGCAUAAUGUACCAGCCUGCAGGCAAGAGCACAGAGUAAGAGUUACGGGACAGAAGGAAGAGGACAGAGAGAAAGUGAAGACGCUUAGUUUCGACAUAGCUGCCAAUCUAAUCCAGAUACAGUUGGUAUCGACCUCUCAGCCUGCUGCCGUGUGCCGUCCAAGCAUGUCUACAGAGUUGGAGCUUUCCUUCCGGCCGGACAACGAGCUGACGGAGAUGAUGCGCCUGCGGGUGCAGUCUCUGCAGCAGCGAGGACAGAAGAGACAGGACGGCGAACGCCUGCUGCGGCCCAACGAGGCCGUGUACCGGCUGGAUUUCUCAAAGCAGUCCCUCCGAUUCUCGCACUGGGCGGUGCGGCUGGCUCAGGCGGGACGCCUCACCAUCACGGCCACCUCACAGCUCUGGACGCCUGACCUCACCCACCUGAUGACACGCCAGCUGCUGGAGCCCGCCGGGGUUUUCUGGAGGGCGCCGGGUGAUGCCAACGACGCGUCCGUUCAGUGCUACGAGGCUGACGCGCACGAGUUUGGCGAGAGGAUCGCUGAGCUGGCUAAGGUAAGGAAGGUGAUGUACUUCCUGUUUGCAUUUGCAGAAGGCUGCAGCCCUGAGACUGUCGACAGCUCCAUCAACUUCACAGUGGAUAGCUGAGGCCUGGCUGUCACAACACUGGAGAAAUACUUGCUACAAACUCUUUUUCUUUCUGUGCUUUGUGUGCAUUUAGUUGAGGAAGUAAAGUUUAUUUAAGGUUAAACCUGCAUUUUCAAUACGGAUGGCUCCCUCUUAAGUGGCAAUGUCACCUCACCUGACAACCUGUACGAACAAGACUACACUGAUCCUUCUCUUUCUCCUUUUGUGACUCAUUUACAAAGAAAAUAUAACUUUUGCUUCUGUUACUGAACCUCUCGAUCACAACUGGUGCUUCUUUGUAUCUUUGUAUCGUACAAUGUUGGGCAUAAAUACAGCUAAAUACAAAUAAAUCCACUAAAUCACAAAA